GAGUAAAUAACGAACUAUUGCAAAAUCAUCUUUCGAUUUUCUAUAAUAAACGAAGCGUAAGCAAUGAGUAACUAGAAUCAUUUCAUACGUCUUCUUUUUCAUUAUUAUUAUUCAUUUUGUUUUAUUUUAUUCAGUCAUGGCUUUACCUAGAGAAAUACUCGAACAAAUAGUAGAAUAUGUAUCAACGAAAGAUAGGUACGAAUGUGCAACCGUUUGUCAGGCUUGGUAUUCCCCUUUUAUCUAUUUACUUUAUCGAUGUAUUUAUAUUUCAACAAAUAAACAAGUGAAUGAAUUUUAUUAUGCUUUAAAAGAAAAUAGUCAUGUUGGUCCUUUAGUACGGACUAUUUCGUUAGGAAAAGAGAAAAUACUUCACUUUGGCACGGGUAUCGAAUUAAAGGAAGUGAAGGCUAUUAAAAUAACACAGGAAUUAUUAGAUAUGAUCGAUAAAAGAUGUCCUUAUAUUGAAGAGCUUGAUUUUGAUCAAAGUCAAUGGGUUACAUUGAAUAGUUUCCCUUUGCAUUUAUUAUUUCGUUUGAAGCGAUUACCUACAUUCAACUUUAAAGAUCUGCGUGUAUUCAUGACGAAAUCAACCAGAACUGAAGGGCAAAGUUAUAAUGUAUUUAGUCAUUUAAAUCAACUUUGUAUUCGUGGUAAUACAGAUAUAUUCAAAGACCUUGAAUCCUUUUUACAAUUGCUUUCAUAUAUACCUCAUUUAACAACGCUUGUGUUUGAAAGUGAUAAUUUACAAAGCAAAUAUAAAGCUCCUAUCUUGACCUUGGAACAUUUAGAAUUAAUCCAUACUCAUUUACCCUCUUUACAAGAUUUACAAUUCCUAAAUCAUUUUAACUUUGGUAUCUCUACUUUCUAUUUACAUCAUUCAGAUAGCAUAAUAGCCAUUAUCCCUUCUAGGCCUCAGUUAAAAUGCUUGACAUUAGAAGGUACCCUUCAAUCUUAUCAAUGGAUUCAAUAUAUCUCAAAGGCAUAUCCUUCUCUGGAACACAUCAGUUUGGACCUCGUUCAUUCUCCUUAUAGUAACCCUUCAAUAAUGGAAAUUGUACCCAUGCAAUAUCUUAACUAUAAAAUCAAGGAAGCCUUUCAGAUGAUAGCAGAACGAUGUCAUCAACUCUCUUUUAUUCGUAUUCGAGGAUUAAGUACUCCACUUUGGCUCACACCUCAAUUCAUCACUAUUCAAAGUCAAAAGUCUAGAAUGACCCAUAUGGAAGUCCAGUUUUAUGGACUGGAUAGUGAUGGAGUAGAUAGAUCAGUAGCUCUUAUUACUACUACUAAUCAUCACAGAGCAUCAUCUAACGUUCCUGAUCAACAAAGUUUGAAUUUAUUGAGUAUACGUUUACCUAUUUGGAAAAAUAAAAUGGUCAAUGGACAUGGACAAGUUACUACUGCAACUAAUUGGCGAGAGAUAAUACGACGUCUAAGUAUAUUUAAUAAUUUGAGUCAUUUAGAAUUAGAUGCUGUUAGUAUGGCCUUUACAGAAGGUAAUCAAGAGGAUGGGUUUGAAUUAGAUACAUUACUUGAGCAAUUCAUGAAUUUGAAGAGUAUAAAAUUAAGUGGUUCCUCUGUACAACUAUCAAAGAGUAAAAGAAACAAAGAAGACGGCGUUGUUGUUCUUCAAUCAUCACCAUUAGUAUUGAGAUUAGAAGAACUUGCAUUACAUAGAAUCUUUUUCUCAUCCGAUAUCAUGGACUAUCUAUCUGCUCACUGCUCAAAUUUAAAACGACUUAUUCUGUAUGACUGUCAGCAAACAGCACUAAAUACCUUAUCAAAUAGAGUAGAAACAAAGAUAACGAUUCAUUUAAAUCAACUUGCUCUAGACCUGAUUGUAUUAUAUCAAGUAAGACAUCCAUUUCAAUUUGCACAUAGUCAUACACCGGGUGCACGUUUCAUUUGUCUAAAUAAUACAAUAUGGUCUCAUAUAAUUGAAGAAGCAGGUACUUGUAAAGCAAUAUCUAUAACGAAUCCUGAAAUGAUCAAUAUAGUACAACGACAGCAUUCAUAUCAUGAAUUGCAACACUCAAUAGAAGAUUUGAGCCCAAGCAAGGCAUACUAUCAUACUAAGGAUGAAUGGUUAGACGAUUUAUGCUUUGGUUAUAUCGAUCUUCAUUGUCAAUCAGCUAAAAGAAUUUUCUUAGAUGAUUGUUCAAUAGAGCAGCAAGAAUGGACUAAUAACACUAGUUUCCACCGUAAGAAGAAGAAUGUAUAAUUGUAAUAGUAGUUGAUGAGAUUAGAAGAAUGUGUGUGUGUGUGUGUGUGUUUUCGGAAUUAUAAUAAUAAAAAAAAAGAAAGGCUG